AUGCUUCAAAAGCUCCUGCCAAAUUUGAUAAUUGGUAUUUUUUCAAUCUAUAAAAUCACUGAAACCCUUCUACAAACAUCAACCCGACUUCAGGUCUACCACCUGGUUUGCUCUUAUAUCACGCAAACCGAUAGCUGGGACCUAAACUCCGUUCGCCACUGCUAUGUAGAGUCUGACACCGCUCACGAGGCAUUAGAGCGUCCGAUUCAGAAAAAGGCUGCGCCCUUCAUUAUCGGGUACCGCGUUCUCCUUAACCUGCCCGCUAUGUUUGUCUGUCUCGUUCUGGGUAGCUGGUCCGAUCAGAAUGGACGCAAGGGCCCAAUGAUACUGCCAAUGGUUGGUGCCUGUUUGGCCUGCUGCUUCUUCGGAAUCAGCCUCAUACCAGGCUAUCCAUCCAUUCCCUUCCAAAUGGCCUGGCUCCUUGCUGGUGCUCUGCUCUACGGACUUUGUGGCAAGAGCAAUGCCUUGGGAAUGGGGGCUCACAGCUACAUCACCGACUGCAGUACAGAAGCAGAGCGAACCCAACUUAUCGGUCGUCUUUUGGGCACAAAUUUUGUGGGACUCUGCAUUGGCUCGUUGCUAGUUACAGUCUUCUAUUACUUCUCUUCCUAUGGAUGGGUCCUCCUCUUCGUCACAGCUUUCAAUUUGGGUAUACUGAUCCUGCUCAUCAUACUAGUGAGGGAUAGUGUUGCUGUUAGUCCAUCGAAAUCUCCUUCGAGUGACUACGGAUCGAUGCGCAUGCUAGAAUAUCCAAAACAUCAAAAACGAGUAGGGGAAGAUAUAGGGGAGGUGGACGAGGGGAAUUUCCAAAAGUCGAAAGGAGAGGUUGGAAAGAAGUGCGGCUGCUGGAAGACCGUCAGAACAUCUCUUAGAGAAUCUUGGGUUUAUAUCGCAAAGAUGAGACCCAAUGGGCAUCACGUCUACAUUCGUAUUCUGCUUGGUGCCGUGCUAUUCAACCAGGUAACAAAGGCCGGAGAACAGGACAGUCUCUUACUGUUUGUGGUGCGCCAAGAUGUAGGCUGGUCGGAUGGAAUUUAUGGCGCUUAUCUGGCAACUUACUACGCUUCCAUGGCCUUCAAUCUGAUUUUUAUCUUUCCCAUAGUCGAGCAAUUAUUUCAACCUUCAGAUAUAAGUCUCAUUCUCUUUGGGUUAUUCAUGAAGACGGUCCGACUGCUGGGCACAGCACUGACAACCAAUACGGUGCUGAUCUUUGUCUUCGCUGUGAUCGGUUCCCCUGCAGGAUACAUAAUUUCGGCACUUCGUUCGCUGAUCACGAAACUGGCAGACUCGGGAGAAGUUGGGACCAGUUUUGCAAUCAUGUCGGUCCUUGAGACCCUUGCCAACCUUUUUGGCUCCAUCGUCUUCACAUCGGUAUAUGCCGCGACUGUGACGGUAUUCCCUGGGUCCAUAUUCAUCAUCGACGCCUGUCUUCACGCUGGAAUGUUCGCCCUCACGGUUUGGCUCGGCUGGAGGUUAAGGAACAUGCCCACCUUCGAAUGA